AUGGACGAGGAACAGACUGCUGCGAUCAGCUCAGUGCUUGAGCAACACGAAGAGAAUGUGAAGGUGAAGGCUGAAGACAAGAAAGCAGCCGAGAAUGGUUCAAAGGGUAGAGAUGAAGAGGGUUCCCACAAGUCAGGGCCAACUGCUGUAACCUCCAGGGCUAAUGCUACAUCGAAGGCCACGAUAAACUCACACAAGGUGUUCUCUGUUGAUCCCUCUUUGAAAGUCGGUAUUGGUAUUGUUAAUGACAUUGUCGGACCAAGGGCUGGUGAUAAGUCACAGGCGCAGCACACUCAACAGCCACCUCAGCACCAACAGGCUACCACUGUGAAUGAAAGUGGUGUUGGUGUAGCACAGUGUACACGUUGUAAAAAGGACUAUGCCAUAUAUAAUGGUAAGGUGUUCAAACUGUGUCCUCACUGCCGUGAAUUGCAGAGACUGAGAUCACGAAGAUGGCAAGAGAAGACCAAAGCCACUAGCGGAAGCUGUAGAAGAUGUGGAACUGCCAUUCCACAGGACCAGUCUAAAUAUGUCCUGUGUCCACCGUGCCGUCUCAACUUGAGAAACACGAAGGCCCAGAGAUUGGAGAAGGGAAAAUGUGUGCACUGCUCUGGAGAGAAUGAUUCUCAAACAUUCAAAGUGUGCUUCCGUUGCAGGGCUAAGGACAGAGAGAGACGGAGACAAUUGGAGCUGAAUAACCAGUGCAAUAGGUGCUCUUCAAAGCUAUCAAACGAGGACAUGGGGAGAAAAGUGUGCCUCAAUUGCAGGAACAGAAACAGAAACAAGAAGUCCUCAUCAGCGGAGAAGACUACCAUUAUGACCUCUUCACAACCGGGAUUCGACAUUACAAACACGAAUACAAGCUCUCUCACACAUGCAAAUACAACUUCCGGCACAGCAGACAACAAGACUACUAGCCUCCAUCCACAGGAUCACGACAUUCCAACGAAGCAGCAGGUGGAACUGGUCCAACAGUUGGAGGCCAACAUGUUUGCUCAACAACCUUGA